AUGUUGAAAAAGUUUGUUGUGUUGUUGGUGGGAGUGCUGAUGUUGUAUGUGAAUCCGGUAUCAGCAUCGUUAUUUGGCUGUUCAGCGGAUAGGCAGAGGUGUUUAAACCAAUGUGCAGAAAAGAACAGAGUCGGGGCUUUCAGCGGAAUCAAAGCCACGAGCUGUAAAGCCAGAUGCCUUUUAUCGGAAUGUCUGUUUUAUCCCAGAAAGGAAAAGAAAAGCGCCCAUCCCUCAGAUAGACUAAGAGGCUUCGCCAUAUAA